CCGAUGCAGGGAUUUUGAAUUGCGAGCUCAAACAUUGCCUCCUUGACAAACGCUACUUUACUGGUAAAGCAAAAAAAUGACCAUUGGACACGCAGAGUCAGAGGGCGUCGACCAGUUCACGGCAUCCAGAGAUCAGAAAUUCCCCGACCGUGGAAGUGCCUCUUUCUUUUCGAGCGAACCACAUGGGUUAGCUGCAACACGCUCUAUUAAUGCGUCACGCGCCGAGAGCUCGACGACUUUUCAACGUAAUAUAGAUUUAGGCUCUCCGGAGCACCCUGAGCUUUUGAAAAAAACACUUGAAUUGACGGAAAAAUCUUCUGACGCUGUGGAGUGCAAGUCAGUGAGAGAUGCUCUCAUGGGUACAGGUAAUGGCCGGUAUCUCGUCUUGCAGCUCCCACAUGAUUUGGACCACUCCGUUGAGUUCCUUACGAUGAGAAGCCCAGGUGAAGCUGUUAUUUCCCAGGGUAAGGCUGACGCGAACUUGGUCACUGAUAGCUCUAUUCAGGACCAGUUGUUUGAACCGACGAGCCAUAAGCUUUCAUCUGAAGCUGAUAGACAGGUUGGAGAGCUAACUUUACAAAAUGACGGCACUGUUGAGGUCAGAUUUACAGACGCAGAAUUCGACGUACUACAUGGUUCCUCAUAUGCUCACAGUGAGCAGUUUACAUGUAUAGAUAGUUUGGAGUCAACUUGCACUUUUCUUGGUCAGGUUCGAGGUCGACUAGUGUGUGUACCAUGCCUGCCAGGGCCGAUCCAUGAAGUUAAGGAAUGAACGUUAGUCACAUGUUACUUGAUUAUGAAGCUGUGGGCCAUAUUUUAU